GCCUCCAAGUACUAUUCUUGGUAGUUGUUUCAUGUGACCCUUUUCACAAUUUUUCCACCAAUACUUACCAAACUUUUUUUAGCUAACACAUAUCUUGUACACAACCCAAAUAAAUAUCCUGUAUUUGGGGUUGUUCAAGAUUUGAAAUUUUUGCAGAAAAAUUGUUGUCUAGACUUGAUUUUUAGCUAGUAAAAGAUUGAAUUUUUUUUUUGUGAUGGGCAAUUGCAUAGGUUCCUCAGCUAAAGUUGAAGCUGCUCUUAGCUCUAAUACCCCUUCAGCUUCUGAAGCUUCAAGAUUUCCCAGCAAAAAGAGCAAUUCUUCUGUUCCAUCAAGCCUAAGUAUACCAUCCUAUGGUAGGAAAAGCAGUUCUGAAAGCCUUCCUACUCCAAGAUCCGAAGGCGAAAUAUUAUUUUCUCCUAAUGUCAAAUCCUUCUCCUUCAAUGAAUUGAAAAACGCAACGAGGAAUUUUAGACCUGACAGUCUUCUAGGGGAAGGAGGAUUUGGUUGUGUUUUUAAAGGAUGGAUCGAUGCGCAAACUCUUACUGCUUCGAAACCUGGUUCUGGAAUGGUGAUUGCUGUCAAGAAAUUAAAGCCAGAAGGUUUUCAAGGUCACAAGGAGUGGUUGACUGAAGUUAAUUACCUCGGGCAACUUCGUCAUCAAAAUCUGGUUAAACUCAUCGGCUACUGCAUCGAAGGUGACAAUCACCUAUUGGUGUAUGAGUUCAUGCCUAAAGGAAGCUUGGAGAACCAUUUGUUUAGAAGUAUGUCAGCUUUUUCCCUCUUCCUAGCUUUGUAUUUGUCUUACUGCUGUGAUUUCAUAUUUGCUAAUUGCCUCUCUGUUCUGCCUAGAAUUGUGUGUAUUUACAAAUUGGUGGUAAUUCUUGGCUUAAUCUUUGUUAAAACAGGAGGACCUCAGCCUCUAAAUUGGGCAACAAGAAUUAAGGUGGCUAUUGGUGCUGCUAGAGGCCUUGCAUUCCUUCAUGAUGCUAAAGAACAAGUCAUAUAUCGGGAUUUCAAGGCUUCUAAUAUUCUGUUAGAUGCGGAAUUUAAUUCAAAGCUGUCAGAUUUUGGUUUGGCAAAGGCAGGGCCAACUGGUGAUCGCACACAUGUAUCCACUCAAGUAAUGGGUACACAAGGCUACGCUGCUCCAGAAUAUGUUGCUACAGGUCGUUUAACAGCGAAAAGUGAUGUAUACAGCUUUGGCGUGGUGUUGCUUGAACUGUUAUCAGGGCGACGUGCUGUUGAUAACACAAAGAUCGGUAUAGAGCAGAAUCUUGUAGACUGGGCAAAGCCAUAUUUAGGAGACAAAAGGAAGUUGUUCCGAAUAAUGGACACAAAAUUAGAAGGCCAGUAUCCUCAGAAAGGAGCAUAUACAGCUGCUAACCUUGCUUGGCAAUGUCUAAGCAAUGAGUCCAAGCUCCGCCCUAAAAUGUCCGAGGUUUUAACUGCUCUUGAACAACUUCAAUCACCAAAAGGUCUUAGCAAACUCUCCCAUAUCGAGCAUCGGGGUAUUUCCAGCCCCGUGGCUGUAUCUUCACCUAUGAGACAUCGCUCACCCUUGCAUAUGACACCUUCGGCAUCUCCAUUACAAGCCUAUCAAAAGUCUCCUCGUGGAAGAUGACUCAGAGAGAAUAUACAUAUUUUGUUUUCUCAUUGUAUAUUUCACAUAUAUCUACCAAAUUUUGUUUAUAUGUUUUGAUGCAUUGGCAUUCCAAGAAUAGAUUUUUUUUUUUUUUGUCCAAUGCUGAAUUGCUUAUUCUGUAACCUAUUCAUACACUGAGUUAGCUCUCACUA